AUGGAAAAUGGGUUAGUGCGUCACAGUGGAAACGAGAUUGAAUCGCCCAGUAAUAUCACCAUUAAAGGGACGCUGAGCUUGUUGAUGGCGAAUACUAAUGUUGAGGAAAACAAUAAGCAAGUGAUUUCUUUGGGAAUUGGUGACCCCACUGCUUAUUCUUGUUUCCGUACUCAUGUUGCUGCUCAACAAGCUGUGGCCGAUUCCCUACUUUCCUGCAAAUUCAAUGGCUAUUCUCCCACUGUUGGGCUUCCUCAAACCAGAAAGGCAAUUGCAGAAUAUCUGUCCAGGGAUCUUCCAUACCAGUUAUCGCCGGACGAUGUUUUUGUGACAGCUGGAUGUACGCAAGCUAUUGAAAUGGUGUUAUCCAUUUUGGCUCGCCCCGGGGCUAAUGUGCUUCUACCAAGACCUGGUUUCCCAAUUUAUGGUCUUUGUGCCAGUUUUAGAAACAUUGAGGCUCGUUAUUAUGAUCUGCUGCCUGAUAACGGCUGGGAGGUCAAUCUCGACACUGUUGAAGCUCUUGCUGAUCAUAAUACCAUUGGAUUGGUCAUUAUUAACCCUGGAAAUCCAUGUGGCAACGUCUACAGAUGCCAACAUUUAGAAAAGAUCGCAGAAACUGCAGAGAGGCUUCGAAUUGCCAUAAUUGCUGAUGAAGUCUAUGGACACCUAGCUUUUGGUGCCACUCCAUUUGUUCCAAUGGGUGUUUUUGGAUCUAAAGCCCAAAUUUUUACCCUGGGGUCAUUAUCGAAAAGAUGGUUAGUGCCCGGCUGGCGCCUUGGUUGGCUUGUUAUGAACGAUCCAUGUGGAGAAUUUAAAAACCCAAAGUUCAUAGAGCGUGUCAAGAAAUAUUGCGAUAUUUGUGGAGGUCCAGCAACUUUCAUCCAGGCAGCUGUUCCUCAAGUUAUUCAGCAAACAAAUGAAGCUUUCUUUGCCAAGACCAAUAAGAUGCUAAAGCGGACCUCCAACCUGUGCUAUGAAAAGCUGAAGGAGAUCCCUGGCAUUAGUUGCCCUUCCAAAGCCGAAGGGUCAAUGGCGUUGAUGGUAAAGCUCGAUCUAUCGCUAUUGGAAGACAUCAGCGAUGACAUGGACUUUUGUUUUAAGCUGGCCAGAGAAGAGUCAGUCAUUAUUCUUCCAGCAGAUCCAGCAUCCAUUGAAGAAGGACUUGGUAGGCUGAAGGCUUUCUGUAAGAGACACUCCAAGCAACAAACAAAAUCAUCUUAUCUUAAUAACGCUAUACCAUGA